AUGACCAACUCUGAUUCUAUGAAUUGGAGUCAGGUCGCUGCUAAAGGGGCCGGACUAAAGGUCCUCACACGAGCUCGCAAUCUCGAUGCACAAUCCACUCUCUCAUCCGAGACCUUGUACGAACACCCAGAUUACCAAGAUCAGCAAUUGGCAAGAAAGGCUGCCGCAAUUGUACGCCAAGCUCUUACACCCAAUUCCGUUUUGUUCUCUUUCCCACCAACGACCUUCACUCAUCGCACUGAGGCUUAUGAUGCCAUUGCCAAGGAUAUUGGACCUUUAGCUGCUGUCCGCCCGCUGAGUCUAUAUAGCACGCAUGCACGAGGCGACCUACUAAUUGAAGCCAAAUUUCAAUCCCCUGAUCACGCUAAACUUGCCAUCAAUAAUGGAAUCACUGUGGAUGGUAUUGUGCAUAAAGCAUCUCCUUCUGUCCAAGGUGUUGAGAAACCAUUGAUUCGGGUUCAAUUAAACCUUUUGCAUAUGGCAACAGGCGAUGAACUCAAAGAUGGACUGCUUUCAUCCUUACGAUUUUAUGGCAAAGUCUAUCAAAUUCGACAAAUCCUUUGCAAUGGCUACUUUGAGGGACAACUCACGAUUACUUUGGACCCCAGCCACGGUUACGAAGAUGAAAAGGGCGAAAUACAAGAUAGUCAACCAUUACAACGCAUGUUGUAUUUAGAGAAAUGGGAUCUCUUUGCACCAGCUUCCUUCAAGGGAGCUGCACCCAUCUGUUAUUAUUGCCGUCAAGCAGGACAUAUCCGCAGUACAUGUCCUGAAUUAGCCAAACGCCGUUGCUUUGGAUGUGGAGAAACUGGGCACACCAAACGUUUCUGUAAGAUUAAGGUGCCUCAACCUCAACCCGCAGGGACUGAGUCGGAAACUGAGCUUCUGGAUCGAUACCUCCAAGACUCAUGUACUGAUGAAGCGAUUGAGAAUUCGUCUCAAGAAGACACCGUGAAUGAUACGGCCAUGGAAGAGGCUAAGACUAGCGUGGAGGAUCAAGACGCAUCGGAGGAACAAGACUUUGAACGGGAUAUGGACGUUACCGAGGAGGAACAAGUGGAGUCGACGACAGAGGUUCGGGAUCCCAAUACCUCUAUCCUGGCUUCAAAACAUGCCCCUUAUGAUAAGGCCAUCAACAUGAAAGUGGACGAUCCGAAGGAAAUGCUCAGUAUAUCCACGGUGAAAGAAACCACCAGGGCCAAAUCAGAAAUGAUCAAACGAACACUAGUGAAACGACCAAAGUCAUUUCAUAAUGACACCAUGAAGAUAUCUCAAGCCGCUAUAAUGAAACCAGUGGUUCCAAAACCCACCAACAAACUAUCAUCAUCCGCCCAGUCAAAAACAUCAACCCGUCGUUCCUUUAUACACCACCUCAAAUCAUCUUCACUCGACCUCGACAUCCUUUGCCUUCAAGAAACCUCGACACUUACUCAUCAUGAUCACCUCACCACCUCCCAGCUCGACCAAUUUACUCGUUUCAUGUUUCCAAAUUGCUCAUCAGUCAUCACCAAGCAUGUUGCCAUCAUUUGCCUACGGCCUUCUCUUUCUCUGGAGUCAACUCUGGUUUCUAUGGAUGAACGUGUUGCUGUUGCAUCUGUUAAAGAUCAGCAUCAUCACACGGUCUGUCGUGUCAUCAAUGUUUAUGCCCCGGCUGACCAGAAAGUUCGUCAAGAUUUCUUGUGCACUUUUCUGUCAUUACCCUUUGUGAGUGAGGUGAAUGCUGAUCCUUGGGUGCUUUUAGGGGAUUUCAACAUGAACCUACACACCAGGACAGUGAUUCAAAAACCCGCUGUCAAACCAUGGUAUGAAUGGAUCAUGACGCACUUUGAUAAUUGCUUUCCUCAGGGAUCGUCAACUUUCACACGGGGUGAUUCCCGAUCUACCAUUGACUACAUCUUUGGUCAUCAUUCAAUUGCCACUCGUUUGGCCCAAGCGACUUUACACUAUAUGCCACCAGAUUGGACAGACCAUAGCCUUUUGGCUGUGGAUCUCUUGCCUCCAAGACAAGAUCAAGGCCGUGGUACUUGGAGGUUUAACCCCACUCUGCUAACCAAUGACACUUUCGUCAAACUGCUGGAUGAGACCAUCAAUCUAUUCUUUGAUCCUUUCAAUGAGCUUACAGCACCUGAAGGCUCCUCCUCACCACAAGCCCAAUGGGAAUCAUUGAAAAUAGUAUUGAAAUGUACAGCACAGCAAUUCUCUCGGGGUUCAACAUCACGUCGCAAAAAGCAAUUGACCAAACUCCAGGAGGCGCGCCAACAGGCCCUUACUAUACCAUCAUCACCUGGAUUAGCAGUACUUGAAAACAACAUCGACUCGCUCAUCAAAGAAAAUACGCAACAUGCUAUGUUACGUUCUGCCACUCGCUGGCACGAGAAUGGUGAACGCAAUAACAAGUACUUCUAUCAAGUAAUCAAAACACGGCAAGCUCAACAAACGAUACAGUCUUUGAAAUCCACUACCACAGGAGAGGUGUUAUUCAAUACGCAAGAAAUCAUCAAGGAAGCUCGGUCUUUCUAUCAACACUUGUAUACACCUGAAGAGAUCAACACUACGGCUGUGGAUGGAUUACUGUCCAAUAUUCCACCCAAUGUCAAAUUGGAUACAGCGGAUCGAACUCAAUUAAUGGCCACCCCACAUACAGGAGAAGUGAUGGAUAUUUUGGAUCACUCACCAUCAGGAAAAAGCCCUGGUCUCGAUGGCAUACCUUUUGAAGUAUAUAAACACCUGGCUGGUCGGUCAAUGCGCUUCCGCUCUCUUCUGCUGACGAUUAUACAGGAUGCAUGCCAUGGUGUCUUUCCUCAAACUUGGUGCUCUACACGUAUGGUGCUACUAUACAAGAAAGGCGAUCCGGAGUUGCUUGCAAAUUGGCGACCUUUGUCCUUGAUCAAUACAGAUGCCAAAUUGUUCACCAAGAUGCUUGCCAAUAGGGUCAAUGCUGUACUACCACGCCUGAUCAAUCCAUACCAAACGGGUUUUAUGCCACAUCGGCUGAUAUCCGAUAAUGGUUGGUUGAAUCAAAUACUUAUGCAUAAUUCCCGCCAAUCCAAUACAUCCAAGGACCAGGUAGCAGUGCUCCUAGACCAGGAAAAGGCUUACGACAGGGUUCAUCCUGAAUACUUACGACGAACACUGAUCCACUUUGGUUUUCCUGAUGCCUUUGUCUCGACUCUAUCGCAUUUGUUUUUCAACACUCAAAUACACAUAAGUAUCAAUGGAUGGCUUGGAGCGCCUUUUGAACAAGGUCGAGGUUUGAGACAAGGGGAUCCUUUGUCUCCUUUGCUUUUUAACCUCGCUUUUGAACCGCUACUUCGUACGAUUUUGUCAAGUCCGUUGACAGGUGUUUCUCUAUCACCAAUCACCACACGACGAGACCAGCCAAGCCCUACGAUGGUGCAUGAUCCGGAUACUACUUGGGAUAGCACCCAACAGCUGGACUGUAUUAGUGCAUCUUUUAUGAGCCAGCCAUCACCAGUGAAACUCUUAAGCUAUGCUGACGAUCUUGAAGUUUUCUUGUCAUGUCCAAACGAAUGGCCAAUACUGCUGGAUAUACUCAAUCAAUAUGGGCAAGCUUCAAACGCAAGAGUAAACUUGAGCAAGACGGUGGUCAUGCCCCUUUCCGGGCAGGCUAAUUCUACAUGGAGGACUCAGGCCAGUGAUUAUGGUGCCCAAUGGCACGAUGCCUCCUCCUUAGAUGCAGUGCGUUAUUUGGGCUAUCCGUUGUAUCAUACACAGACACAACUUUUGAACUUUUUGGAUGGUAUCAAGGUUAAGAUUGCACGGCAUGCCAAUAUACUCAAGGCUAGAAAUCUUUCGAUUCGCGGUUCAAGUCUGGUGGCCAACUCUCUACUCUUGUCACGGUUAUGGCAUGUUCUCCGGGUAAUCCCAGCCCCUGAAUCUUGGUUAAAGGAGGUAAAGUCUAUUGUGCAGAAGUUUGUCUUACCGUUCUGGCCGGCUCCCGCCUGGACGACACUAUGCCUACCUCGUCGCUUUGGUGGUAUUGGCCUCAUUGAUAUUGAGGAUCAAAGCCUCGCACUUCACUUCAUAUAUGUCCAACGCUUAUGUAUCCCCCAUCGCUCUUCUGAUUUUCUCUCUCCCUGGAUCAUCAAAUAUUACCAAGUUCUCACUGGUCACGCCUCCCUUUUACCAUGGUUCCUCUUUCCAUCCAGCUUCACCAAGUAUCUUGCCAAAGAUGACAACAUGGCUCACCUGAAUAAGCUCAUCGCUCGCUUACCGUCACUGGAUAUCUCACCAGAGUGGUCUGGUCGUUGGCUCCUUGAUCUACCUCUACAAAAUAUCCUACCACAAGAAAAGGAUAAACCCAAGUUAUCAAGCCGUUAUCUACUUUCUGAUAUUGUCAGCUGGCAUCCUCGCAAACAUUGUUUUAUAUUCCAUGCACAUCGACUCCGCCCAAGCCUUACCACGAUGGUCAACAAACUACAUGAGAAUCGCCUUGAUUAUGCUUUUGCUACAAUCCAACUCAACAACCAUGUCACCAUCAAAUUAUAUCGCACACUCCUUCUAACGCCACCACCUCAGCCAUACUCCCCACCAACAUCCUUGAUGCCAUCACUUACCCAUUGGAAUCAACAAAUCACAUCAUCCAAACGUUGCGAUAUUCCUGCUCUCUCUCUGGGUCAAAUACGACGUAUAUGGCAUCCUAACUGGAAGGCAAUGUUUCAACAACCACGUCCACCCGAAAUCGUUCAUCCUUUCUCUUUAUGUUUUUCUACUGCUAUUUGGCGUCAAUUCUGGCAUCUUUCUCUACCCAACAAGAGUAUCACGGUCUGGUGGCGCAUCCUUCAUGAUAGCGUUGCCUAUCGCACCAAACUUCAUCGCUGGGAACCAAGCAAGUAUCCAAGCACGGAAUGUCCCAUCUGUCAAGCUGCUCCAGAAACAUUAUAUCACAUGAUUGUUGAUUGUCCCAGGAAACGCCCGUUCUGGUUAGACGCUUUACAACAUUACCAAUUACUUGGCCUCCUUCCUUCUCAAGAUUCCCUCUGGCAUGCUUUCACUCAACUUCGAUCCACCAAUGGUUCACCACUCCCACCCUCGGUACUAAUUCGUUUGGGCUGCAUCCUGGCGGUACUCUGGAGACAUCAUUGGCGUUGCAUUAUUGAUGAUGAGCCUUGGAUCAGUGCCACCGCUUUCAAUACUCUAAAAUCCGACAUUCUAUAUCAAUCUUUUGUACCUUCUGAUUAA